CAGGUGGACCUGGCAACAUGUUUACUGUUGAAUGUCACGCUUUUAGAACCAUGAGCGGCAAAACCCGGGAUCACUUCACGCCUCGCCUCGCUGUGUAGCCUCAAUGUAGCCGGUCGAACUACAGUACAACGUAUGCAUCCUUUUUAUAUAUAAAUUGCUUGGAAACUCCACAGCUAGCACUGACAAAGCGUUGUCUCGACCUCCCGAGCACCCAGCUUAAGUGGUCGGGUCAUUAAUCAAAUGGAGUAGGUUUGGCUUAUACAUCUUGUACAGAGAGCCGCUGCUUGGGACCUCAGUGACAGAAGCAGUGCUCCGCCAUGGCGGAGCAAACUGGCGCAGAUUCUGCUGCUGCAGCCGAGCAGCUGGCUCUACUACUUUCCAGUGCAAACCUGGGGAGCGAGGGAGGAACAAACGGAGCCUGGCUGACACAGACCGACAUCCUUACCACGGACAACCUCGACUUUGAGGGCGUCUUAAAUGGCGGAGGCGGUCGUCAGGGCAAGGCUGGUAUCAGCCAGCAGCAGCGCGAGGCGGACCCUUUCCUUGACUCGGCACAGGAACUGGAAAGCGUGUACAGCUCGCACAUGUCGUCCGCGCAGGAUAUCAUGUCGUCUAUGCACAGCCAGGAACCCAAUCUGUUCCUCAGCACCGACCCGAACAACAUUAACGCGGCGGGAGGACAUGGGGACGGCCCAUGCGACCCGGCGCCUCGCUCCCUGUCGGCUAGCCUGGCCCAUGACGCAAUCGGGGAAGCUGGAACAUCGGCGGGUGCUUCACAUCGAUCCGGAGGACCAAACGCACGGGACGGCGCCCAGGCAUCGCCGCGCAAAGCACAGCGCGGUCAGGGGUAUAGGCGACUGUGGCAGCAGGUCACCAAGGUGUCUAAAGGGCAGAAGCUUCAGGACAACCUUGGCCUGGCGUUCUCCGACAUGACGGUGGAGGACCUGCUUAAGAUCGUGCUGAAGCUAGCGCCACAGGAGUCGGCGGUGGAGGCGAUCAAGCAGGGCCUGGUCUACCUGGACAGCAGCGCCACGGCGGCGCUGCUCAAGGAGCUGGCCAAGCAGGGCUACCUCAAGCGCGCGGUGGAGAUCUUCGACUGGCUGCGCAGCCUCGCGCCCGGCGAUGAGCUGUCCAGCCUGUGCGACCUGUACACCUACACGACCAUGAUCAGCCAGUGCGGCUCGCACCAGCAGCUGCGGCGCGCGCUGGAGCUGGUGGCGGAGAUGCGCAGCCGCGGCAUCGACUGCAACGUGCACACGUACAGCGCGCUGAUGAACGUGUGCAUCAAGGCCAACGAGCUGGACCUGGCGCAGGAUGUGUACAAGCAGAUGCUGGAGGAGGGCUGCAGCCCCAACCUGGUUACGUACAACAUCCUCAUAGACGUGUACGUCAAGCGCUGCCAGUGGGAGGAGGCGGUCAGGGUGCUGGACACGCUGGAGAAGCAGGGCAUCCAGGCCGAGGUGCGCACCUACAACACCGUUAUCUCCGCCUGCAACAAGUCGGGCCAGCCCGAGCAGGCGCUCAAGGUGUACGAGAAGAUGCUGGCGGCGGGCGUCAAGCCCUCCGCCACUACCUACACAGCGCUCAUCAGCGCCUACGGCAAGAAGGGGCAGGUGGAGAAGGCGCUGGACAUUUUCCGGGACAUGAUCCGGCGCGGCUGUGAGCGCAACGUCAUCACCUACAGCUCGCUGAUCAGCGCCUGCGAGAAGGCGGGCCGAUGGGAGAUGGCGCUGGAGCUGUUCAGCAAGAUGCACAAAGAGAACUGCAAGCCCAACGUGGUGACGUACAACUCGCUCAUCGCGGCCUGCUCGCACGGUGGCCACUGGGAGAAGGCGUCGGAGCUCUUCGAGCAGAUGCAGACGCAGGGCUGCAAGCCCGACUCCAUCACCUACUGCGGCCUCAUCACCGCCUACGAGCGCGGCGGCCAAUGGCGGCGCGCGCUCAAGGCUUUUGAGCAGAUGCAGUCGCAAGGCUGCCACCCCGACGCCGCGGUGUUCAACAGCCUGAUGGAGGUGCUGUGGCAGAGCGGCGUGCUGCUGGCACAGGCUAAGGCGCUGCAGCUGUGGACGCUGGCCAACCGCAGCGGGCACUUCAGGAUCUACACCAACAGCAAGCAGGACAGCAACGUGCUGCAGUACAGCACUGUGGCCUUCACCAGCGGCGCGGCAGUGGUCACGGUGGUGCGCUGGGUGUCGGAGCUCAAGAACAAGCUGCUGAAGGACGGCGCGGGCUUCUUCCGCGACAAGGUGGUGUUCACGUUGCACAAGUCCAAGCAGAACCGCAGCGAGCAGCCGUCAGCGCGCAUCUUCGAGGCCGUGUCCCUGCUGCUGGCCGGCAAUGCGUCGCCCUUCGCGAUGCACCUGUUCGACCAGACCAUCACGCUGGAGGCGGCCUCGCCGCAGCUGACCGCCUGGCUGCGCUCCGCCGCCUUCAACGACUUCGUGCACAUCCAGCAGAGCCAGCAGCUCAAGCGCAUCAGCCUGGACCUGCUGCUCUCCGAGGACGUCGCCAUCGCGGCGCGCUGCAUCGAGGCCUUCAGCGCCGUCAAGCGCUACGAGCAGGUGUUCAGCAUCAACCCCGCGCUCUGCAACCAGGCGCUGCUAGCGCAGCGCCCGCAGAUCGUGGCGCUGGCGCUCAAGUACGGCGCCGCGUUCGGCCUCAAGGACGACACCAUCUACGACGCCCUGCAGCUGUUUGACCGCGUGUCCUGCUCCGGCGGGCACAUCAACGUGGCGGCCUGGCCGCUCAUGCUGUGCAGCUGUCUGCUGCUGGCGGCGCGGCAGGUGGAGGCGCCGGCCAUGUGGCCGCCGCUGGAGCAGGUGACGCUGCUGACGGGCUUCGGCACGGACGUGAUGGUCGCCAUGGAGCGCAACGUGCUGCUGUGGCUGGGGCACGACAUCUCCACCAUCAGCCCCAUGCGCGUCAUCCAGCUCUACCUGGAGCGCCUGGGCCACUACCUGCCCGACUUCAAGGGCAUUGACCGCAUUACCAAGGACCUGCAGACGCUGGUCCUCAAGGUGGCGUGCAGCCCGGUGGUGGGCCUGCGGCCCAGCCUGGUGGGCGCGGCGGCGCUGGUGGUGGUGCGCCGCGCGCGAGGCAUGGUGCCGGCCUGGCCAAGCGUGCUGCAGACCAUGACGGACUACGCGUCCAACGACGGCGAGCUGGCGGCGUGCGUGAUGCACAUGGAGGCGCUCAUGCAGCAGUAGCUGGGGGGCGGGGGCAUCCGGUGAGCCGUGGGGCGGCCGAGCUGACCUGCGCGUGCCGCGUCGGUAUUGGGUGGGUGGAUGGGUGCUGGUUGAACGAAACCGGAUUUGGCACGGGAGCCGAAGUGAUCCCGACAGGGUGAGAGGCUGCCAUUGGGGAAGAGUCCACCGUGCCACGCCCGAGGACUUAUGCCCGCCCAGCGCACCUGGCUUGGAUGGUCCAUGAUGGGUAAUGGAGGAGGCAAAGCGGGUGCAGCGCGACAGUCAUUCAGCAGCACGUUGUUAACCAAGGAUGACUCGUGAGAUGGGCUGGUCGAGGGCAAAGGACGGUGACUGCAUCUGGAGAAGGAUGAAAUACUUGAAUGGGGAAUGCUCUAUUAAUAUGGGAAUAAGGCCUGGCCCUGGCCGCAUCAAUACAGGGAAGGCCGGCUAGUGGGUGCAGUUACAGUACCAGAAAGUGUGCAGCACCGGCGGUAUGCAGCGGUGUGGUGCGAUAUGGGCGGUGAACCCCGUGCAUAAAGAUCACAGGCUGCUGCUAUGCAUGCGGUGCUCAGCAGCUGUGUGAUUUGCGGGUACCACCUUUAAACAGAGAGACGAGUAUUGGGUUUGGUGGUUUACGACAUGCUUUCACGCCGCGCUGCGGAGGAACGCACGUCAACUCCCGCACGCUCUUCCUGCAUUGAUCGCAAGUGAGUACAAGCAAAGUCCGCUAUGUCACCUAUGUGUGGCCGCAGAAAUGGCAGAGUGCGCGAGGGCGGUGCGGUGCAUGGUGUGAUACUGGCAAUUUGCAACAUGAAUACUGACAACAUGGCCCGGUCGUUCCGCCGGGUACCAUUCGUGCCGGCCGGCGACGAUGGCUGUACAGCGGUUGUCGGUCGGGGCUCUGAGGCUGUACGGACGUGUGCGGGGUCUCGGGAGUGUUUGGCCGGAUGCACGGACGGCGCCCAGCAACUGGGCAAUCAAGGAAGCAUGGCUGCAUGAUUGAGGUACGUAAAGUAGACGGUUGCGGCUUGGUCUGACUGCCGCGCGUUGCUGGGAGCAGGGGUACGGGAGCGGGAUGUAGUGAGCAAAUGUGAGCUGUGGGGCAAUGAAGCACGUAACUGACAAGAAAGGUGGUUUUCCCUCGCACGUAACUGAGAACACACCAUCCAUGCGGGUGCAUUUCUUGAGUCACAGGGAAAGCUCCUCAUGAUAAGGAUGGGGCUGAUAUACUCGCUGCGUAGAAAGGAUUCACGCCGGUUCAUGAAUUCGUGCUCUAGUUGGCUGGCUGGCAUUUGCAGGUGUAGUCAAGUGUGUGUGUGUGUGGGGGGGGGGGGGGUUGCGCUGUCGGGGUUUGCUAUUGUUCCAUUAUCUUAUAUGCAUAAUGCUUAGAGGGAGGGAGGAUGGCUGUUACGUCGUGGGAAGUCCCCCGUCGUGCAACAAAUACUUUCAGAAGCGUGCCAUCAUACGGAAGGUACACGUCAUGAAAGCAAUGCGGUUCAACGCCGUUUGGGCCUUUGGCGGAGGCAAUGUGUGAAGCCAAGAGCAGGUGUGCAAGCUCUUCAUAUUCAAACAUAUGCGCUAACAUUCAGGCCAUGUAAAUGCAAUCCGAA